GUACGCGGUUUGCCGCUUCCGCAUGCGGUGCAGCGACAGCACCUGGCGCUGGGUGAAGAUCUUGGGCGCGGCAGGGUGGCUUCUGGCUGCUGCACCGCUCUACAUCUUCAUCAUCCAGCAGAUUUACCAGCAGCUGGGCCAAGACAGCGAUAAUGGGCGAUACUUGGGGCCCAAAGCGCUGUGCUUGGACUGUUGCAUGAAGAUCUUCUUCUUCAUGACCGUUUGGCAGGCCACGAUGGAUCUCUUAGUGUUGGCGCAGCAUGGCAGUAACCAGGCGGCACGUAGUGCCCUGAUGCUAGGACCUGAGAAAUACGAAGACUUGUACUACUUCUUCACCAAUCAUGAAAGAGAAGAUGACUUCUUCCCGUGUCUGGUGGGUGGAGGCCGGCUCCAUUCGAAGGAAUUGGUUGAAGUGGUGAGGAAGGAUCGCGUGAUGCGGGUGUUGAAACUCAUUGGAUUGCUGGGUCGUGUGGCCGUGACCACCGGAGGCAUGGUCUUGAACCUGCGCGCCUUGCCGGAACGCCACCCCACCAAGCCGCUGAACCAGGCGCGAUACUACGUGGUAUACCUGGAGCUCAUCGUUCUGGGGUGGUACUGGACCAUGCUCCUUUACAGGCUGCUCCAGUGGAUAGUGGAUACCAAACUUUCCUACAUGGGCGCCGUGCUGGCGGAUGCUGCCAGGGACAUUGCCUCGUGGUCCUCCAUGCAGUUGCUUCGCAAUUUGUCGAUGUCUCGUUUGGCGCAGCGAACCGAGCGCGUCAUGAAGGAAUGCAAGUACUUUUUCGCUCCCAGCAUGCAAUACAUCAUGGGUCUCAUUGAAGCAGUUGGCUACAUCACCUCAGGUCUCUUUGGCGUUGCCGUGCUGGCCGUGAAGGCCACCCAGAUCGACUUUGUGAGCGUUCACAUGAUGUCCGCCUACAGCAUUGGUGAAUGGCUCCGACUGGUGAGCUUUACCAUGUCUAUGGUGAACAUCUUCGACAUUGACACGGAAAAUCGAAGAGCUGUGCAGGAGUUCUUAACCAGCGACUAUGAGCAGGUGGUCACCGGGAUGCAGUGGCCUCCAGCGAUUUUUGUUGCCUGGGAACGGACCUUGGCAUCGCUGGUGGCAGCAAAGGAGGGCUUUUGGACCAGCUUCUUGUUGAUGGCUACCAUCAGUGGCAAGGAUUACAAGAGAUUUCUGAUCGAAGAAGAUCCUGAAGAAUGCCCAGUUCUGCUGAAAGAGCUUUUGACGAACCAUCCCUUGUCUUCGGAACGAAGCGCAGCUGCACUGAAGAAGGGAAUGAAACCGGAAGAAAUUGAGAGGAUCAAGAGUUGGCUCGUGGAAGAAGGCGGACCCAAGAGAUAUUUCAAUUCUCUGGGUGCCUAUACGAAGUUGAGCGCAUGACGGUCAGAGGAUUCUGAUCCUGAUGGUUGGAAACCAC